AUGGAUAUUCCCCAUAGGGGUUUCAGCCCCUGGAAGAGGUUUCUGCUCACAGUCUCUAUCCUUACCUUAUGGAGCCUUUCAGGUGCUGCCCAGCUCACCAUCAUCCCCCAACCAUCCAUCGCUGUUGUGGGUGAAGAUGUUCUUCUCUCCCUCCAUGGCCUCCAAGAGGGAAGUUACACCAGAGUGACCUGGUUUGAAGGGACCGAUUUUAUGAAAAGCAUCCUGUCCUAUGAACCUGAGACAGGGAACGUGAUCCGAGGUCCUGCAUUCACCAACCAGGAACUCCUGCAAUCCAACAGUUCCCUCAUCAUUAAGGGAAUCCAAGGAACUGGCCCCAGAUACUUUACCAUCCUGGUAGAAAGCAGAAGCAGUGGGCUGCUAUCGGCGACAGGAGGUUUCCAAGUCUAUGAGGAGCCAUCAAAACCCAGAAUCUCCAUGGAUACUGGAAGCUCCAUCAUUGAGUUCCAAAGCUCAAUGAGGCUCACAUGUGACACUGAGGAUGUGGACGUCAUCAUCCGGUGGCUUCUGAAUGACACUGAUCUCCUAUUCCACCCACAACUGUCCCUGUCUUUGGAUAACAGGACCCUCACCUUUCACAAUGUCACCAGACAGGACAGCGGGGACUACUACUGUGAAGCCAGCAAUCCGGUGGGCUUCCAGUCAAGUGAUAUCAUCAGUGUGAUUGUUUACUAUGGACCAGACCAGAUCACGAUCACGCCGGACACUGAGUACAUUCGGGGCAACACCAUUGGGGUAGAAAUGAACUUCAACCUUGGGUUAACGUGUCAGGCUGAGUCAAACCCUGCUCCUAACUAUGCCUGGUAUUUAAAUGAAUCUUUCUUGGGAAUUUUUGCCUCCAAUUACCACAUCUCAGGGGCUUCCAAGGAUCAGGGAGGGAGUUACAAGUGUACAGUGGAGAACACUCAGACCGCAAAGUCUUCUUCAGCGUCUGUCACUGUCAAGGUGGUUGAGCGGGUGACCAAGCCCUACAUGCUGUCCAAUGACACCUCCAUCGUGGAAGGCAAGGGAGCAGUGAUGUUUACCUGCGAUACUCCAGAUUCUGAGAUCGAGGUUCAGUGGUUCUUAAACAACCAGAUCCUCCCGCUGAGUGACCGGCUGGUGCUGUCCCAGGAGAACCGGACAUUGACCAUAGCACAGGUCCAGAGGGAAGAUGCGGGACAAUAUCAGUGUACUGCCUCAAACUUGAUCUUCAAGAAUAGCAGUGAGCCAGUGGCUUUGACUGUGAACUACGGACCUGAUCCAAUCAACAUUACUCGGGAAUCUGGCUCUCGCGUGGUCAACAGCAUUGAGACUCAGCUUGGCUCUGCUCUGACCUUACUGUGUCAGGCUGAUUCUCAGCCAGCUGCCCUGUAUCACUGGUCCCUCAAUAGCACCAGCUCUUUGGAGCAGAAUGGGUCUCUGUUCACGAUAGAGGCCGUGACCUGGGAUCAUCAGGGAACUUGCACGUGCUUGGCAUGGAAUGACUUGACCCAAAUGUUACGCUCAGCCACAGUCACCAUCAGCGUGUUUGAUUCCUCACUGUCUGCUGAGGUCAUUGCCGGCAUUGUGAUUGGAGUUCUGGUCGCUAUUGCCCUUGCCGUCGGGCUGGUGUAUUUCCUGGCCAUCAGGAAAAGGUACACAGGGGACCAUGUGGAAGGAGGAAAGGAUCAUUCAGGUCAGUCAGGAUCUGUGUCCAUAGAUGCCUUAGGAGUCCAGAGACGUGUCACGCCUGCAAAGGACUCAACAGAAGACCUCUUCUAUGAGAAUAAAGCACCCGAAGAUGAUAAGCCCCCUCGUCGUCGUGCACUGGUCCCUCCAGCUGUCAGGGACACUUCAAAGGAACAGGAACACUUCUAUGAGAAUAAAGCACCCGAAGAUGAUAAGCCCCCUCGUCGUCGUGCACUGGUCCCUCCAGCUGUCAGGGACACUUCAAAGGAACAGGAACACUUCUAUGAGAAACUGUCAUUUCCAUAUACGGAUGAUUAUUUCACAAUUGACCCAGUCACUUAGUCUUUUUCCCACUUGGAUUCAGAAGACCUGGGCUGAAGUCCCAGCUCCAUCAUUUACUUGCUGUGUGAUACUGGGCAGGCCAUCUCCACUCUCUGGAUCUCAUUUCUCUCCUUGAAAUGAGGAGAAUAGUGCAC